ACUGGGUUCCCGUACUCAGACUCGCCUGUCGCUGUGCCGCAGAGAGAAGCUUUGGUGAACCAACUUUGCACUUUUCUCCGCAGUUAAACUUGUGCAAACCAAGACCACCUCAGCACUAACACAGAAGUUUUCAUUAUUAUAAUGGCAUCUUCCGCAAUGAUUACGGUCCCCACUACGGCCUCUCGCUUCGCCCUGCUCCAGGUCGACUCGGACUCUGAUUCAGAUUGCUCGGAUCCGGGGAAGACGUCGGCGAAAUCAGGUCGGGACCUGAGUGGUAAAGGACGGCAGGGGAAGGGGGGAGCCGGGGGUAAAGCGCAGGGGAACGACAAAAAGAAAGACAAGAAAAAGAAGAGGAAAGAACAACAACAAAGUGAAGCCAAUGAGUUGAGGAACCUGGCCUUUAGAAAGAUCCCUCAGAAAUGCUGUGCACCAAAUCUAUCUUUGUCUGGAAUCGCUAACGAGCUGUUGAACCCUGCAGUGGGAGAGGGACAUCCCGGAGCGACUGAAGGCUGGCAGCAGUGGAAACAGAGAGACGAGCAGAUGACCUCAGAGUUAUACCAGGCGGACUUGGAAAAGGCUUUGCUCAUCAGUAAAUUAGAAUACGAACAACAGAAAGAGAAUACCACAAAUGCACCUUCGCCCAAAGCCGGAGGAGGAAAAGAGGGAGGAGGGAAGAAGGAGAAAAAGAAGAACCAGCAGACGAAAGACAAAAAGACUGUUUCACUGCAGGACUUUCAGGCUGAGGGCACCACAGAACAUUUAAAGAAAAAACAAGAGGAGUCGAGAACAGCCAAUAACGUCACAGGGCCUCGACCAGAAGAGCGUUUUUUCAAUAAACUGGAAGACGACGUCACUCGGAUCAUUCAACAGGAGAGAAGACGGGACCAGUUCACCUCCAAUCAGGAACAGGAAGUCACCUCGCCCACAGAGCAUGAACCAGACCCCAGAGCGGAGCAGUUGAAGUACGAGCUGGAGAAGAAAGACCAGGAAAUAGAGAAGUUAAAGAAAACCAUCUCACAGUGGGAGGUGAAGUACAAAGAAGUCAAAGCCAGAAAUUCUCAGCUUCUUAAGAUGCUUCAGCAGGGAGAAAUGAAGGACAAAGCAGAAAUCCUUCUACAGGUGGAAGAGCUGCUACAUAUAAAGGAGGAGCUCUCGUCACAGGUCACAUUACUUCAUGGUGCUCUUGAACAAGAACGAUCCAAAGUGAAGGGUCUCCAGUCUGACCAGCCCAAGCACCAGGCAAACAAAAGGGGAAAAAAAGUAUCAGAGACGGACUAAUGAAUGUAGCUGCAUGAAGACUCUCCACACAAAUGAAGUAUUCUGUCUCUGAUCAGGGCUCCUCCUUCUCUUUACUUUGGGUUCAAUUCUCCAUCUGUCCACAUCAGACGCAUGCUUCGCUCUGUAAACUUCAGAACUCCAUUUCAAAUGAGAAAAUUGCACUGCUUUUAAAAAUGACUGAGUUUUAGUUUUAUUGUUGGGACGCUGGUUCAUGCCCUGUUUGUCUGUGCUACAGGCUAAAUCACAGAUGUAAAGUUAUGUUUGGGUUUGAGCUGUGAAGUAAAUAAAUUACUUUCACAGAGACA